AUGUCAGAACAAUGUGGCCAACAAUUGCGGAAUUAACGCCAAAGUGUUGGCCGAUGUGUUGCAAGGAUUGGGUAUUUCGGGCGAAAAACUCAACAAAUCUGGGCGACAAAAGAAGAAGACAUCGAUUAGUGAGUCUCCCAAUCGAUUCCCGCAAUCGGUGACCGAACGCUCGAAUACCUCACCGCUGCCGACCGGGUUUGACAUCGGGUCCGGCGGUCUCGAUCAGCAGCCGUACGGCGCCGGCGAUAAAACCAAACGAGACGUCAAUAACUUUGAUCAGGACUUCACGAAAGAGGAGCCAAUCCUGACGCCAGUGAACGCCGAAGUGUUGCGUUCAAUAAAUCAGGAAGAGUUCCGCGGAUUCACGUUCACAAACGACUCGUUCAAUCCGGGCCUAUACUCGUGCGAAGGGGGCCCUCCCAACACAUAACCUGUGCCCCCCUUUAUAGCCGUUAAUUUACAUAUAUUUGUGUUCUCUCACACACCACACACUGCGGGGGUUAGUGAGUGUCUGUGUCCGUGCGGUGAUCGCCGCCACGACUGUCAACACUACCACCACAACAGCCGACGACGAGUGUCCGACGCCGUGUCGACCCGUCCGACCACCCAAUGGAUCCAUUGAUGAAUGGAUUUGUAUUAUUAUUUCUAUUUUCCCAUUCGUAUCAAUGUUUGAAAAUUGAUUUUUAAUGCAUUUUUGGACGAAUUCUUUGGUGAAAAUUAUGUACAUUUUUCUCACACACUCUUAAAGUCUUCUCUAAUUAUUUAUUGCUUUUUAUUAUGAGUUUUAUUGACACAAAAAACAGUAUACAAAAAAGACAAAACAAAAACACAGAGUUUAAGAAACAUAUUUUUAACAUGAAUUUUAUUUACAUAAGAAAUUAAUUGAUUGAUUAAUAUUCUGGUCAUAAAGUCUCGUAUAAACGUAACGAUGACUUAAAAGACUUAAAAAAUCUACAAAUAAUUCGGCGCUAAAUAUAUGAAAUUAUAAUUAUAUAAAUUUUAAACGUGUUUUUCUCUGUCAUAACUCUAGUCACUCACUCACCACAGCUUCUCGACGAUAGAUAUUAUUACCUGUGCUGUAGAUCUCAAUCUCUAGCCUCACAAACACGUAAACCACAGACACAUACAUCUCUUCCAUCUUUGGAUCAGAUGUAACACAAAACACAAUUUGAUAGAUAGGCCGACAAUUUGCUUGAUUUUUAUAUACCAUUUAAGUCCUGCCGAU